AGAGAGAGAGGAGGAGAGAGAGCUUCCACUCUCACUCAAAGCGAGUUAAGGAGGAGUAAACCAGACACACCUUCACACGGACAUUGUCUUGUUUGAACAUCUUCUAAUCUAAAUAGGGUCUUUUCAUCGAGGGGUACUAAGAUAUUAUUGUAUACUCUAGUCCUUAUUGUGUGUGUGUGUGAGAAAGUUUCUUGGCUACUGCGACAAUGGUAGCGGUGCAUUUUAGCUCUGUGAAGUUGAGUAGAGGUUUCUUAGUGUGUUUAUGGCUGUUGGGUAUGAUGUCUCUAUCUUGCGCAUCGAGGUAUGGCGCGUCAAGGCAGAAGCUUGAAGUUAAGAAGCACUUGAAUAGGCUUAACAAACCUGCUGUUAAGACCAUUCAGAGUCCAGAUGGAGAUAUAAUAGACUGUGUUCCUAUCUCAAAGCAACCAGCUUUCGACCACCCUUUCCUCAAAGAUCACAAGAUUCAGAUGAGGCCUAGUUACCACCCUGAAGGACUCUUUGAUGACAGCAAAGCAUCUGCAAAGCCAAAGGAGAAGAAAGAAACCCACAUCCCUCCUCAGCUGUGGCAUCGCUACGGUAAAUGUUCUGAAGGAACCAUUCCGAUGAGGAGGACAAAAGAGGAUGAUGUGUUGAGAGCAAGCUCUGUUAAAAGAUUCGGCAAGAAGAAACAUCGAACUGUUCCUAUCCCUAAAUCUGCUGAGCCUGACCUCAUCAACCAAAAUGGUCAUCAGCACGCCAUAGCUUAUGUGGAAGGAGAUAAGUAUUAUGGAGCUAAAGCGACUUUAAAUGUGUGGGAGCCAAAGAUACAGCACGCAAACGAGUUCAGCUUGUCACAGAUAUGGCUUUUGGGUGGUUCCUUUGGACAAGAUCUUAACAGCAUUGAAGCUGGUUGGCAGGUGAGCCUGGAUCUGUAUGGAGACAAUAAUACGAGACUCUUCACUUACUGGACUAGUGAUGCAUAUCAAGCUACUGGUUGCUACAAUCUUCUUUGCUCAGGUUUCAUUCAAAUCAACAGUGACAUAGCAAUGGGAGCAAGCAUCUCACCAGUCUCUGGAUACCGCAACUCUCAGUAUGAUAUCAGUAUCCUAAUCUGGAAGGAUCCAAAGGAGGGACACUGGUGGAUGCAGUUUGGGAACGGGUAUGUUUUAGGGUACUGGCCAUCGUUCCUCUUCUCUUACCUUACAGAGAGUGCGUCAAUGAUCGAAUGGGGAGGAGAGGUUGUGAACUCGCAGUCAGGUGGUCACCAUACUUGGACACAGAUGGGAAGUGGGCACUUUCCAGAAGAAGGUUUCAGCAAAGCGAGUUACUUUAGGAACAUACAAGUAGUUGAUGGAUCUAACAACCUCAAAGCACCAAAGAGGAUGGGAACGUUCACUGAGAAAUCUAAUUGUUAUGAUGUUCAAACGGGAAGCAAUGAUGACUGGGGACAUUUCUUUUACUAUGGUGGUCCCGGUAAGAACAGGAACUGCCCAUAACGCUGGCAUGCAUACUCUGUCUCCUUCGGUCUUGUAAUAUUUUCACCUCCUUGUGUAGUAAUGGCUGUAGUAAAAAAAAAAAGAAAACUCAGUUAGUGAUGUAUUGUGUAAGCUCUCCUUGGGUGAUGGGAAGUUUUUUGAUGUUUGUCUGAUUUUAAAUUUGUAUUAAAGUGUUUGUAGAAAAGUACUCUCCAUGUAACUAGAUGAGAGGGUAGUGAAGGUGUGGCUUAAGUUUCUUAGAAGCUCAGAUGUAUUUUCUAAUAUGUUCCCUCUUUGAUCA